AUGGCUUGGCUGGAAUCUUGCGCCUUUCUCGCAGACGUUCUUACCCGGUAUAGCUUGGUAGAAGGGGAGUAUCAAAAUGACCCGAAUACCGAUCAAUACGUUGAGACAGCUCUUAUCCAGGUAUACGUCGCGGUUUUGACUUUCGCUGCCCAAGUCCAGUCACUUUAUGAUCGCAACCGCGCCGUCUUAAUUUGGCAAAGUAUUUCUGGAGAUUCUCUUUCCCCUCUCCGAGUCUCUAUUGAUGAGGCGGAAUCACAUCUGAGCCGAUGGCUUGAGAUCGUUGACCGACGUGAACAGAAAGACAGGGGAAAGGAGCUUGUUGAAAAGGCGGACAGAAUGCUUACUAACCUUGACCAAGUCAUGGACUCACUCAAUGAACUCAGUAGCAAGUCGGUCCUUGCGGAGCUCAAGAUUGCAGAAGAUGCUCAUUACAAUGCAAAUACCGGGGAGGAGUAUCAAGAAUGUCUGCAAGACACCCGAACUGAACUCCUUCAGGACAUCAAAAGCUGGGCGACCGAUCCGGAUCGAAAAGCUGUGUUUUGGCUGCAGGGUAUGGCAGGAACAGGAAAGUCAACUGUGUCCAGGACAGUGGCUCGAUGGUUGGACGACGAGGGCUUGCUGGGUGGCAGCUUCUUCUUUAGAAGGGGUGGAACAGACCGAGCAGAUGCCAAACGACUGUUCACCACCCUUACCAAACAAAUAUUGGAAAGAUUACCUCGUCUUCAGGAACCAAUCAAGAGGGCAAUCAAAGAAACGCGUGGUAUUGGGAACAGCAAUCCACAAGAACAGUUCAACAAAUUGAUUUUCAAGCCGCUUAAGAGCCUCGAUCUUGGUUUAAUAUCCCCGUUAAUUCUGGUCAUUGUCAUCGACGCGCUGGAUGAAUGUCAAGUGCCGUCUGAUGUUGCGGCUCUAUUUUUGACUUUGCCUAAGUUGACCGACUUGAAAACUGUCCAAUUACGAGUCUUCAUUACAAGCAGGCCAGAGCCACCCGUGAUUAAAGGAUUCCGACCGAUCUGCAAAGAUGAGAUUAUUCUCCAUCAAAUUGAGAGGUCAAUUGUCGAGCAUGAUAUAUCGGUCUUUCUCCGGGAAAGGCUUGAGAGGAUAAGAGAUGAUCACGGACUAGCGGAAAGCUGGCCCGGGGAAGAGACUUUCAAUGCGCUAGUAAAUAUGGCUGUUCCUCUAUUCAUUUUUGCCGCGACAAUAUAUCGAUUUAUCGACUGCGAAGGAGAACUGCCGAAUGACCGACUGCAAGCUAUAUUAUGUUCACAAUCAAGCGACGGUAUGGACAAAAUUGAUGGCGAGUACUCAAAGUUAACCAAAAUCUAUCAUCCUGUUUUAAAGCAUGUUGUAUCGCAAAAAGAGUCAAAAGAACUCAGUUGCUGGAUGAAUGACUUUCGCCGAAUUGUGGGCGCCAUUGUACUUCUCUUCAGCCCACUCUCAUCUGUCUCCCUGGCCAGACUCAUUUCUUCAGAGAAAGAGAAAGUCCAAAGCAGACUCAGUACGCUUCAGUCUGUGUUAUCAGUGCCAAAAGAUAGUGAUGCCCCUGUGCAGCUUCUUCAUCUCUCGUUUCGAGAAUUUCUCGUCGAUCAUUCAGCAUCCAACGACUUCUGGAUUGACGAAGCGGCAGGCAAUACACGGCUUGCCAAGGAUUGUCUUGAGUGUAUGAACCAAGAAUUAAAGAGAGACAUAGCCCGCCUUUCAAACCCGGGCGUAAGAAGGAACGAAAUUGGAAAGACGGUAAUUGAGAGUUAUGUUUCACCUGAGCUUCGAUACGCUUGUCGAUACUGGAUACGCCAUCUAGAGCAUGGUGACCGGUCCAGCGUAGAUUGGAGACCGAUAGAAAACUUUCUGAAGUUGCAUUUCUUGCAUUGGUUGGAAGUGAUGAGCCUGCUUGGAUGGGUUUCGGAAGCGAUUGGAAACAUUACGGCUUUGCAGUCCAUGGCAAAGGUCAGUGACGUUGUAUUGGAACCAAUAGUCUAUACUAACUGGCAGAUACAGUCACAUCAGCUAGCUACCUCUCUUGAAGAUGCAAAGCGAUUCGUUCUUAAAAAUCGCCAAAUAGCCGACGAGGCGCCUCUUCAGCUUUAUUGUGCGGGGCUUGUUUUUGCUCCCCAAAUGUCAAUAAUUCGGCAAGGUUUCAAAGCCGAGUUUCCCACUUGGAUAUGCCAGUUACCAAGAGUUGAGGAAAGGUGGAGUCCGGAACUGCAGACCCUCGAAGGCCAUUCAGGCGCGGUCAUAUCGGUGGCGUUCUCACCCGACGGCGCACGGCUGGCAUCCGCUUCUAAGGAUGAAACCGUGCGUCUUUGGGACGCGGCGACAGGCGCGCUACAGCAGACUCUUGAGGGCCAUUCAGACUGGGUUAGAUCAGUGGCCUUCUCGCCUAAUGGCGCGCAGCUGGCGUCCGCCUCUCGUGAUAAAACUGUGCGUCUCUGGGAUGCGGCGACAGGCGCGCUACAGCAGACCCUCGAGGGCCACUUAGACGAAGUCAUAUCAGUGGCCUUCUCGCCUAACGGCGCGCGGCUAGCGUCCGCCUCUCGUGAUAACACUAUCUAUCUCUGGGACGCGGUGAUAGGCGCGCUACAGCAGACCCUAGAGGGCCAUACAAGCUGGAUUAACUCGGUGGCUUUCUCACCCAACGGCGCGCGGUUAGUAUCCGCCUCUGAUGACAAAAAUGUGUGUCUCUGGGACGCGGCGACAGGCACGCUGCAGCAAACUCUAAAGGGCCAUUUAAGCUUAGUCAAAUCAGUGGCAUUCUCACCCGACGGCGCACGGCUAGCGUCCGCCUCUAAUGAUCAAACCGUACGUCUCUGGGAUGCGGGGACAGGGGCGCUACAGCAGAUCCUCGAGGGUCAUACAGGUGCGAUCACAUCAGUGGCAUUCUCACCCGACGGCGCAUGGCUGGCGUCUACCUCUAAUGAUAAAACCGUGCGCCUCUGGGACGCGGCGACAGGCGCGCUAAAGCAGACCCUUAAGGGCCAUUUAAGCUGGAUUAACUCAGUGACCUUCUCACCCAACGGCGCGCGACUGGCAUCCGCCUCUGAUGAUAAAACCAUGCGUCUUUGGGACACGGUGAUAGGCACAUCACAGCAGACUCUCGAGGGUCAUUCAGGCGCGGCCAUAUCGGUGGCAUUCUCACCCAACGGCGCACGGCUAGCGUCUACCUCUGAUGAUACGACUGUGUGUCUCUGGGACGCGGCGACAGGCGCGCUACAGCAGACCCUUAAGGGCCAUUUAGGCGUUGUAAUAUCAGUGGCUUUCUCGCCUGACGGCGCGCGGCUAGCGUCCGCAUCUGAUGAUAAAACCGUAUGUCUCUGGGACACAGCGACAGGCGCACUCCAGCAGACCCUUAAGGGCCAUUCAGACUGGGUUAGGUUUGUGGCCUUCUCACCUAACGGCGCGCAGCUGGCGUCCGCCUCUGAUGAUAAAACCGUGCGUCUGUGGGACCCAGCGACAGGCGCGCUGCAGCAGACCCUCAACGGCCAUUCAAGCUGGGUUAACUCAGUGGCCUUCUCACCCGACGGCGUAUGGCUAGCGUCCGCCUCUUGUGACGAUACCGUGCAUUUCUGGGACGCGGCGACAGGCGCGCUGCAGCAAACUCUUAGUUCCAAUGGACGAGUCACUGACCUUAAAUCUGAUGAAGAUGGGCCAUGUCUAUUCACUGAUUUGGGCUUGCUUGAUGUUCAACCCGGCUUUGGAAAUCAUGCAACUUAUUCCAAAAAUGUUAAUCUGGAGAUCUCCAUCGAGCAACAUUGGAUAAAGGUGAACGGUAAAAACGUUCUUUGGCUUCCUCCUGGGCUCCGGCCUAGCUGUUCCGCUAUCAAUGGCAAUUUACUUGCCCUAGGAAACGCAUCAGGGCUUAUCUCAUUUGUUGGAUUUCAAGCCUAG